CGAAGUUCGCAUCCAUCCCACUUGCCGCUCACUAACAUCGUUUGCAUCUGAGCAGCUGUUAGUUGAGUUGCAAUGUCUGGGCAAGAACACCGAGCUCCCAUCGCCCUACUCCUCAUCCUCAUCGUCUCUGUCAGCGGUGAGCUGCCGAUCCAUGAAGGUGUUUCCUCCAGAACAUUAACCAUCACGAACCACUGCGGGCACACUGUGUGGCCGGGAAUCCUGUCCAGCUCGGGCUCGCCGACGCUAGAAACCACCGGCUUCGCCCUCGAGCCGGGCCAGUCGCGGUCGCUACCGGCGCCACACGGGUGGUCGGGACGCCUCUGGGGUCGCACGCACUGCUCGGUCGACUCGGCCGGCAGGUUCUCCUGCGUCACCGGCAACUGCGGAUCCGGCCAGCUGGACUGCGCGGGCCACGGAGCCAAGCCGCCCGCCACCCUGGCCGAGUUCACGUUCGACGGCCACGGCGGCCUGGACUUCUACGACGUGAGCCUCGUCGACGGGUACAACCUGCCGAUGCUUGUGGAGCCGCGCCACACGCACGGUGCGGCCGCGGGGCCCAACUGCGUGGUGACGGGGUGCGUGAUGGACCUGAACGGCGCGUGCCCUUCCGAGCUGCGGGUGGGAUCGUCGGACGGCCGCGCCGUGGCGUGCAGGAGCGCAUGCGAGGCGUUCGGGUCGGCGGAGCACUGCUGCCAUGGGGAGCACGGGAACCCCAACACGUGCUGGCCGACGGUGUACUCGCAGUUCUUCAAGAAGUCGUGCCCGCGGGCCUACAGCUACGCGUACGACGACGCCACCUCCACCUUCACCUGCGGCGGCGGCGGCACGUCGUACGCCAUCACCUUCUGCCCAAGCACAACCAGCGUGAAAUCAGUGGGAACAGAUGCGGCGUCCGUUGGCGGCGGACUAGUGGGGUCGUCGUCGUGGCCUGUCGCGCCGCGGCAUGGAUCCAGCCUUGUCCUCCUCGGCGUCGCGAUUGCGGCCCUUGCACCUAUCUUUUAACUACUUCUACUACUAUCAACGGAAGCGACCAACAAUCCAGCAUAUCUGCAUAUGCAGGGGCUACGGACGCAGAGACCAAUUCCCUCUUUUAUAUACAAAAGUUAAUUUCGAUUUUUUUUAAUUCUAUAUCUGGGAUGUCCAAACUUCCUCAUUGUAUUUCUAUGAUCAGAGAUCAAC